GUCCCUCCUCCCCGGCGCCGAACAGCUAGCAACCCGUAGCAACCCGCAUUAUCCAAAUUAACCAUGUUGGGUACCACGAUAUGUCCUUGCAUUCUGAUCUAUCGCAAAAAUAGCACCGACCUAAGCUCGAGGCUCCUUUUACAACGGAAGAUCAAGGUGUGGUGCUCAGAGGUUUCGUCAACCCUUGGGUUUACCCUUUGCCCGCAGCACUGAGUGAGAGGCAGUUCAGAAGUCAUGGGCAAAGUCCAACAUGAUGUCUGGGGUUCUGCUGAAUCGCCGGUCAGCAGUUUGCAGACCAGCAUAGACAGCGAAAUAGCAGAUAACUGCGCAGUAAUACGGCAUUAUCAAGAGCUCAACAGAGCACUUCGGACCCGCCGCAACACAUUGCUGAGGAUAUGUUCUCUUCCGCCCGAAGUCCUGGCCAGAAUAUUUUCAAAGUGCAAUGAACGCCAUAGGGUCUUAGCCUCUCACGUAUGUAGACACUGGCGGGAGGUCGCACUUUCUGAACCCCGUCUGUGGUCGACUCUCUCGUUGAAUGUGUCGUCGAAUACAGUCUGGGAACAAGUCAAAUUCACCAGGUCGAGACAUGCGCCUCUCGACCUCUCUGUCGUCAUGGUUGAUCGCAAUAGAGAAGGAAGGGUUCAGCGUCUCCAAGAUCUUCGCGAGCCUCUCGGUCAAAUACCACGCACAUAUAAACUUGACGUUCAUUAUGACCAAGACAGUGCACCACUGCUUUACGAGAGCUUGACUGCUCCUGUCAAUAACCUCCGGGACCUACGACUUCACUAUCAUAUUCGCGAUGCAGGCCACCGCGAUAUCGUUUUUAUGCCAGACACGAUACUGCCCGAGGGUACACCGGCCCUUCGCCUUCUCUCACUACAUUCUUGUGCUUUCCAAUGGUCUUCUCCUAUCUUCGUUGGAUUGUCCCACCUUGCACUCACCAACAUCCCCAUACACCUCCGAGCUACCCCAGAACAGCUUCUAUCCGUUGCGCAAAGAUCACCAGGUCUGAAAACCCUCAAGGUUGAUCUGGGUUUAGGAGGAGUAGAAGAUGCCCCAUCGUCUUGGGUUACUUCCAGCACUAUUAAACUAUCUCGACUCCAGUCGUUCGAUUUGGCAGCGCCGUUCAACGAGUACGCCGGUUUCUUGUCGCACGUGGAGUUGCCCGCAAGCGCUAGCUUGAAACUGGAGGUCGGUGUGUUUGGCAUGACUCCGACAGAUACUUCGAUGUCCCUGGUUCCAGGCAAAUUCUUCAGUCCACGUGAAGGGGCCCCUCGGCAAGUACUCCAACUAGAAGAAUGGGCCAAUCGCCAGUUCAGCGUUCGGCUUUACGACCUUGACGAAGCUGAGGAAUGGGGCUCCUUCCAUGUGCACAGCUCGGACGCCAGACAUCGCGUGAACGCUACUUUCAUGUGCUCAAGUGACAGGAAGACAGCUUUACGGGAACACGUGGCUAGCACCAUGGCCAACUCGUGCUUGCAGGUUGUCCAUACUCUCAAGGUGCACACUCGCUACCUCAGUGCAGAUCUCCCGUGGACUACCUUACUCCUCAAUGCUAGUCAGACCCAACGACUUUUCGUACACCUCGAGAAGGCGAACAUGCCUGAGUUCCUCCUAGCUAUCGAUCCUCGCCAGUGGGAGGGUGGCUCACCGCCAUUGCCACAUCUUGCUGAGCUACAUAUUAGGAGGAACGGCACCGAAGAUUGGCAAGAUAACGUAACCCUCGCGAAUGUCAUAGACAUCGUUACAUCCCGCAAGAAAGCCGGCAUGGGCUUGGCUAGGCUUAUACUUGAGAACUGGUACACUGGGUCUGACGUCCCUGUUGAUGAGAUACUAGAGUCCAUGCGAACGGUCGUCGCUGAUGUCCAAUGGCGUAGACGCGACUAACUUAUCCCAACUAGACUAAUUAUAGGC